UUUCUAAUAACACUUGAUGGUUCGUUGCCCAAUGAUACAAAUUCGCUUCAUAGACGAGAGAAUGGCUUGUCAUUUCAAUAUUGUUGUUGAGCAUUGUUAUCAAACAUGUCUGUUUGUUCAACCGAAUACAUUAGGAUACAAGAAUUCCAUCUUUAUUUCACCUUGCAACGCUGGUAUUCAUCGAAAGCGUCUUUCUUGUGACAAAGAGAGAACAGUCCAAUACCUGCUUUGUUCUACCCAUCGCUCUACUUCUUCCCAAUCAAGUGAUCAACACAAUGCAAUAUCAAGUUUGGGAAUUGGAGUUAUUGGAUGUGGAAGAAUAGGAAGAAUUCAUGCCAAAACUCUUGCCCAAGAAGCGGGUGUAAAGCUGAUAGGAGUUGCUGAUCCUAUAGAGUCAGUGGGUAGACAACUUGCUGAAGCGUGUCAGACUCGUUGGUAUGGUGAUUAUAGACAAAUGUUACAAGAUCCCCAGCUACAAGCAGUUGUUAUUGGUUCGCCUACUAGUUUUCAUGCUGAGCAGUUAAAAUAUGUUGCCAAAGCAGGCAAAGAUAUCUUUUGCGAAAAGCCCAUUUCCAAUGAUCUUGGAGUUAUCGACGACUGCCUACAAGUCGUAGAGAAGGCAAAUGUUCGUCUGUUUAUAGGAUUUCAAAGAAGAUUCGAUACCAACUUUAAGGCUAUUAAAGCUCAAGUGGAAGAUGGUUCAAUUGGAGAGUUGCGUAUGUUCCAUAUUCAUUCUAGAGAUCCUGCUCCUCCUACAGCAGAAUAUCUCGCCAAUAGUGGUGGAAUAUUUUUGGACAUGACUAGUCAUGACUUUGACAUGGCAAGGUUUAUCACUGGGAGUGAAAUUGAUCAAGUAUUUGUAAGUGGUAAUGCAUUUGAUGAUGAAGCGAAACAAGCAAAUGAUUUGGAUACUGUUAUUAUUCAUUUACGAAUGAAAAAUGGAAGUAUGGGAACCAUCGAUAAUAGUCGUCGUUGUAGUUAUGGAUAUGAUCAACGAAUAGAAGUUUUUGGUUCCAAAGGGUCUUUAUUAGGAAACAAUAUUUCUCCUAAUCAGGUCAUAUGGAGCAAUGAUCAAGGUCUUCAUCAAAGUCGUCCACACUCUUUUUUCAUGGAUAGAUAUGAGAAAGCAUAUGUUCAUAUUAUGCAAGCUUUUCUAGAAAUGUUGCGAAAAGGAAUGCCAUCGCCUGUUGAUGGAAAGGAUGGAAGAGCACCCGUAGUUGCUGCCUUAGCUGCAGCCCGCUCUUGGAAGGAAAACAGACCCAUUGCCUUGUCAGAAAUAUUACAAAAGGCUCAAAGGUAACUGUUUGUUACUUCUUAUGAGAACUUGGAAGAAUGUUCUUCUCAGGAGUUGUUCAAUUUGUUUUGUUGUUGAAGUACAAUGAAGGAGAUUGUCUAUGUACGAGCUCUAUGCACCAACAAAGCUUUCAAGUGUCUUGCAAUACGAUGGCAUCUUGAAAUAGUUGCCAAACAACUGAAUUUCGCACUUUUGAACCAAGUUGUGCCAUUCUCCACAACAGUUGCAAGUCGUCUCGACCCUGUUCCUCACAUAACUUUGAAACUUGUUUCAAACAUUGUGUCACUUGCAAUCCACUCCAACAAUAGGAACAACGAUACAGGCACUUGGGUAUCGUGGACCAAUCCGUUUCGUGGUGGUAAGAUAUAAAAACAAUGGAUUUUCUCAAUUUCAAGUCUCCAGUCUCUUCAACAGGAGAACUAUGAGACGUGAAAGGAGUAUUACAAAACCAUAAAAGGUGUCCUUGAUUAGAAAAUCGAGCACCACAACUCUGUAUGGGUAAACUGAAGCUAUUCUGACUCCAACUUGAAUCAAUCAGGCUUUUCUUAGUAUACAAUACAAACCACUGAUUGGCACUCCUCAACUCAUUAUUGGACAGCAUUGUGAUUCAA